AUGGAGAAUGCCAGCGGAACUCGGUGUGGACAGCGGGUUAUCGCGGCCGACAUGGGUAGCGAUCCGGUUUAUGACAAGGUUGACCCUGGGCUGGAGACCUUUGCGAAGCUUCCACCACGAACGCGAGCAGUGCAACGGCGCCGUAAGGCAAAGUAUCCUAAGCGCCAAACAUUCAUCUCCGGGAUGGACGACUCCAACGACGACACCGAAGAAGUCGACCCCGAGGACGAUGUUCUACCGGAAGACGAGGUACCCGAGGAAGGGGAGGAACUGGAAGUCUUGGAUAGCUAG